UGUCUCGCUCUCUCAUCACCUCAUCCCUGCCUCUUGGUGCAUCAACUCCACUGUCCUCAACGCAACAGGGACUCAGAUCUGAGGAGAACUCUGUGGUCUGCCCUCUCACUGUCACUGGUGUCACCAGCAGCACCCAGCAGCAUGAACCUCAGCCUGUCUGACCAGAACAUGCAGACACCCAGCGACGGCUGCUCGGAGGACGACAAACCCGACCUCAUGAUCCCCUGCUUCCGCAGGAACAUGUACGAGGAGCCCAUGACCACCUACUCAAACAGCUCCCUGAUCUCUCAGCUCCUGCGCAAGACCAUCCAGAACAAGAGGACCAUGGACGAGAGCCAUUUCUACCUCCCGCCGUCCGCGGUGUCCAGCUCCACCAUGGCUGACUCCUGCCAGGAGGACCAGAGCAGCGUCUCCUCCAAGGACAGCACGGCCGAGUCAGCUUCCCCGGGGGUGCACCUCUCCACGGGGGCCAGCCCGGAGGGAGAGCGACCGCUCAGCGAUCACCUCAAGGCCAAACGCGCCCGCGUGGAGAACAUCAUCAGAGGCAUGGCCGGGUCACCCAACAGCCGGCUCCACGGGGACAACGGGAGGCCGGACUCGGAGGCUAGGGAGGCCUACCGGGAGAACAAACGCAAACAGCGGCUGCCCCAGCAUCAGGAGCACUGCCUCGGCGAGGCAGCCCAAGUCAGCAGAGGCAGCGGAGGCAGCAGCAAGGAUGAAGAGUGCCACAAGCUGAAGGAGCAGCUGCAGAGCAUGCAGACGCUGCUUCGUCAGCUGCAGGAGAAGUUCCUGCAGGUCUACAACCAGGAGGACGCGGAGCGCAAGGAGACAGGGGAGGAGCUGCCCUCUGGCAGCACCCCGGGACACCACGGCCCGGCGGAGGACAAGGAGGGCGGCUACGAGGACGAUUAUGAGAAGCAACACGACCCGGUGACCGGCGAGGGUGGGGACCGGGGGAAGACUGAGGGAGGUCACCGCAGGGUCGACAAGAGCCUUCAGGAAACCUUGAAGCAGGAGCUGUCCAAGGCUGUGUCCGAGAGUGUCGACCUGGUGUUCAAGAAGCUGAGUUCUGCAGGCGUCAGUGUGUCUCCUCCGCAGCGCCUGUGCCCCAGUCCGGAGCUGCUCGCCCUGGACUCAGAGAAGAAGAACCAGGCAGCGUGUGUCCAGGAGCAGUCCCACGUUGAUGACGUCAUCAAACCCAGGUCUCUGGACUACUACGAGAGCCCCGCAGCCCAAAGCCCCCAGGACCAGACGGAGGCUCUGUCCCUGGUGGUCCGCAAGCCCACCCUCACCCAGCUGGGCUCGGCCGGCCAGGCGGUGAAGAGACCCUACCCCCUGCACCAGCCUCCGUUCCAGUUCAGUUACAGCACACCCCUGCACGACAGCCACAUCCUGGAGCACCUCCUCAAAUUCGGGCCUCACUCUAACUUUGGAGGCCUCCACUGCAUGCCCCCGCCUUUGGACAGAACCUCCCCAGACUCGGUGGACCUUCCCUGGGACAGCAUGGCCAUGAGGUCGAAGGUGACCUCCAGCCACCUUGCCCACCACCCUCGGCCUUCGGCCCUGGGGCCGGUGGACAGCCUGUGUCUCCCUCAUGUCAAGAUGGAAUGUGGAGACCUGCAAAGCAUGGCCGAAAGGAACUCCUACCUGGCUCUCAACAUCCAGGAGGGUCUCACUCCCAAUCAUCUGAAGAAGGCCAAGCUCAUGUUCUUCUACACCCGCUAUCCCAGCUCCAACGUCCUGAAGACCUUCUUCCCAGACGUCAAGUUCAACCGCUGCAUCACCUCCCAGCUCAUCAAGUGGUUCAGCAACUUCAGAGAGUUCUACUACAUCCAGAUGGAGAAGUUUGCUCGUCAGGGCGUCAUAGACGGGGUCAACGACGUCAAGGACAUGUCUGUCAGCCGAGACUCAGAGCUGUUCCGCGCCCUCAACAUGCACUACAACAAAGCCAAUGACUUCCAGGUUCCGGAUAGGUUCCUUGAGGUUGCUGAAAUAACACUACACGAGUUUUACAACGCUAUCUCAACAUCCAAAGAUUCAGACCCGUCGUGGAAGAAGGCCAUAUACAAGGUUAUCUGCAAACUGGACAGUGAUGUUCCUGACGAAUUCAAAUCAUCCACCUGCCUAUAGGACUUUGUACAGAUAAAGAAAACAUUUCGACAACAAAUCUAAAAGCGAGACAUUUCAGUGUUGUAAAUAAAACAUUACCACGUCAGUCAAAGAAGGGUCUACUAAAAUGUUCUUUUUAAGCUACCUUAUUGAAAAAUUAAAUAGGUUAAGUUGUCUUUAAACCGAUUUUCAGUAUUACAUGCAUUCUUUUUUCAUUUUUUAAAGAUGUUUAGGUGUAUACAAAAUAUAUUGUAUAGCAUGUUGGUUACAUAUGGAUCAGUGAUAUCUGACAGUUUGUGGAACUUGAUGGUCAUGGCAAAGACUUGGACAUAAAUUGAGAAUGUUGAAAACGUUUUGUACAUUUUUGAAAUAAUCUUUUGACUUUUAUCUUGGGUAUGUUUUGUUGUUUUAAAUCCUAAUUCAGAAACAAUUAUAGAACCAACUCUCUGGGAAUUUACUCUGCUUCAGUUUGAUCAAAUACAGUUAGUGUAUAAUAAAACUAGAACUGUACAUUUGAAGACACCAUACCAUGUUUUAAGAUUAUAU